ACGACAAAAUCAUUGUUUAUUUAUGAAUUUUGUGGAAAUAUUAAACAUUUGGGAAAUGGUGGACAUGUGUGGCGCCUGUAUAUGGCUAAGUUAUAUCACCAGAGUUUUGGCAAUUGCAAGGUUUGGCCUCUGUCAUUCUUAUCAGUGUGAGCUCAGGUCUGGCCUACUGGUAGACCUGGAUCAUCGGACUGGAAUUCAUAGUUGAAUAGGCGCCUAGAAGUCUAAGGUUUGUUAUGAAAAACAUGUCAGUGCAAAACCAGACAUUUAGAAGCUUUGAUUUUCAGAGAUGCCUUUAAAGUCCUCAAACAACAAUGGAAUGGAUUCUACUGCAGGUGGAGGCACUUGCGUGUUAAUUUUAAGUGAAAAGCCUAAUUCAGUGAAUCAUUACAAAAGCUCACCUAACCCCUUAUCUGGAUUAGGCCACAUUCCUAAAGUGAUUGUGAGUACGGAAACAAACAGACCAACAAGAAGAGUUGAAGAAAAAUUGAUUACCGAUGCAAAUCCAUCAUCUGUUACCAAGGGGGUGGAUGUGUAUGUUCCCUUGUUGACCAGUGCCCCUAAAGACUAUAAUGAGUGCCCUCCAAGAGGAAUUUUUCAAGGGUACGUCCAUACUAUGAAAGCCAUGAAGAAAUUGAAAGAACAGUAUGAAGCCCAGACGUCGUCCAGAUUUAUCCUUUAUGCCAGAAGUAAUGCCUUUGGAGAUGGAGAUUGGAUGGAAGGCAAACAUCGAGUGGCAUGGGAAAUUGCACCAAAUAGUAGGCCUGGAAUUUCACUGCCAUUUCAAGGUAUUCCAUUCUUUAUAGUUGGACAUGCAAUUUAUGACUGCCAGCAUGGAAGAAGAAGGAAGCCAUCCAGAAAAUGUAAGAAGGAGGUGGUAUCUCCCGAGUCCCCUAAAAAAAGGAAAGUGCAGCAGCAGAACUCAAUAAAAAUUGGUUGUCCAGCACAACUCCUUAUGAGGGAAGUUAUAAUGUUUCCUGAAUUCAAGCUUGGGGCAGAUACUCUCAAACGCAGACAGUUGAUGUCACAGAAACUGAGGAAAGGCAUCCAGUUACAUAAUGAAGGAAAAGAUAUGCUACAGACAGAAAGGAGAAUAUAUGUUUACUUCCCACGCUCAGAUGAGCACCACCACCGUUUAAGUAAAGGUAGUACAAAUGGUUCAGUAAGGUCUUUUGAACCAGUCGACCCUAGGAUAUUGAAAAAAAUUCACUCUCUAGUGAGCCAAGGUUUAACGGGAACAAAGAAAAUAAGAGAACAUGUCAGUGAAUAUAUAAGAGAAAUCCUGCCAGAUGGUUCACCACCUGUGGACAGGCGUCGCUAUAAUCCUAGUGACCAAGAUAUAAAAAAUGCAAUGAAAAAGGCUCAAGCAGAAUUAAGGAAAGCCAAACGAAAAGCAACUGAGCAGCAGUGUAUUAUGUUGAUGCAUGGUAUCCGUGAACAUUUAACAGCCAUUAAAAGUGAAAAAUAUCUGGUUCAAUUGAGGGAUCAUUUAAGUCAUCUCAAUGCACUGGUCAACACUGAGGAUUCUUUGGAGUCUCUCCUACUCUGUUAUCGGGGAAGUGAUGAUAAUGAGCAACAGAUCCAACCAGCAUGCAAGAAGAUGAAAGGAGAUAACUUCAAGGAAGAGGUUCCUGUAGUGGCUACAGAGGUUGUAGAAGCUCCAGAACAGACUCUGUUUACAACAGAAUAUAACAGUACUGAAACUGUGCAUCCUCAACAUCAUGGAAAGUCAAUAGACGUAAAGGCAGAACAUAUUGAGCCGAUGCUACAGAUACCAGGAGUUGCAGGGCCACCUGCUUACACCUAUAGCAAUACUUAUGACAAUGGAGAGCCAAAUCAGAUUAUAUACCAGGAAGAAGUUCCGCAGAGCCAUGAUAGUCAGGUGGAAGGUGUGACUCAGAUUUAUUAUUACCAAAAAAUUCCUUCUCAGGCAGAUAUAUAUACAAUUUCUAAUCAACCUGACUGCAGUCAAGUGCCAUAUAAUAUUACAGAGUUUAUGAAAGAUCCACUGGAUUGAUUUAUCUUUGUAAGGGGAAUGAUUUAAAUAUUAUCAAGAGGCUUCUAAAGUGGGCUGGAAUUUCUGUAAAACAGAUGAUUGGUAAAGUACAUAUUUUAAUGGUUUUACUCAGGUAUGAAAGUGUUGGCAAGGUAAAUUCAUAUGAAUGUUAGUUAGAUAUUUGUGUUUAACUGUCAGGGUAUUGUUACUGUAAGUUUCAGUCUGGAUGAAUGAGAGUGAAGUGAAGACAAAAUAUAACAGGAACUCAAAUACAGAAUGUGGAUGUGUAAUAGCUCUAGUUUUGCACAGAAUUGUGUUAUAGAUUUUCAUUGAAAUUUACUCCUUGAGAGUGAAAAAUGUAUAAUAAUAGAAUAAUUGUUGAUGUGUCAUAUUGAUACUAUAUUUUCAUUGAAAGAUAGCAUCUUUUAAAGAAUAUAUUAUUGCAUAAAGUGUCGGAUUUUU